AUGACUAAAAGAUUAGCAAGCACAACGAAGGAAGAAGACUCAACUACCGAUUCCAUAAUCAAUGGUGGUGCUCAUCACCAAAAAAAGAAAUUUUCCAAGACAUAUGCUUCUCAUAUCAUUAAUUCUCCAGAAGAUUACAAACAUUUAUAUUUAAGUGUUCAACCAUUAGAUAUAUUCUGUUGGGGUAGUGGACCUAUGUGUGAAUUAGGUUUUGGUCCUCUUGCGAAAAAUAAAGAAGUCAAAAGACCAAGAUUGAACCCUUUUUUGCCUAUUGAUUCUGUUAAGAUUAUAUCAUUCGCUGUGGGUGGGAUGCAUACUAUUGCUUUGGAUGAUGAAAAUAAUAUUUGGUCUUGGGGUUGUAAUGAUGUCGGUGCUCUAGGAAGAGAUACUUCUGGUGCCAAGGAAGUUUUGAAAGAUAUCGAAUCUAAGCAAGAUGGUGACGAUGAUGAUGAUGACGAUGAUGGGGAUUUAAAUGAAUUGGAGUCUACUCCAUAUAAGAUUCCAAGAGAGUGUUUCCCACCUUUGAAAGAAGGUCAUAAGAUUAUUCAACUGGGUGCUACUGAUAAUUUAAGUUGUGUUUUAUUUAGUAAUGGUGAUGUUUAUGCAUGGGGGACAUUCCGUUGUAAUGAAGGUAUUCUUGGAUUUUAUCAAGAUCAAAUUAAAAUUCAACGUACUCCAUGGAAAGUUCCAAAUUUCUCCAAAUAUCAAAUUGUUCAAAUGGCUCCAGGUAAAGAUCAUGUCUUAUUUUUAGAUGAAGCGGGUGUAGUGUUUGCUUGGGGGAAUGGUCAACAACAUCAAUUAGGUAGGAAAGUUAUGGAAAGAUUCCGUUUGAAAACUUUAGAUCCAAGACCAUUUGGAUUAAAACAUAUUAAAUAUAUUGCAAGUGGUGAAAACCAUUGUUUUGCCAUUACCAAGGACAAUACGAUUAUGAGUUGGGGGUUAAAUCAAUUUGGUCAAUGUGGUGUAUCUGAGGAAGUUGAAGAUGGAGCUCUUGUUGCUGUUCCUCGUAAAAUUAAAUUUGUGGGAGAAGAUGAAAAUAAGAUUUUAAAUGUUAAAUCGAUUUCUGCCGGUGAACAUCAUUCAUUAAUUUUAUUGGAAGAUGGGACAUUAUAUACGUUUGGUAGAUUUGAUAUGUUUGAAAUUGGUAUUGCUAAGGAUAAAUUACCUGAAUAUACUUAUUAUGAUGUACAUGAUAAACCACGGUCAGUUCCCUUACCUACGAAAUUACAAGAUGUUCCGAAAUUCAAAAACAUUGCUGCAGGCUCCCAUCAUUCGUUAGCUGUUGCGACAAAUGGUAUUGUUUAUUCUUGGGGGUUUGGUGAAACAUAUGCUGUUGGUUUAGGGCCUGCCGGAGAAGAUAUUGAAAUUCCAACGAGAAUCAAGAAUACCGCCACGCAAGAUCAUAACAUUGUUCUAAUUGGAUGUGGUGGACAAUUUUCAGUAUCCGGCGGUGUAAAACUUUCUCCUGAAGAGAUAGAAAAGAGAGAGGAUGAAAUGGAUGAUUGA